AUGUCGCACUCCCUGCAGAGACCAGCGGCCUUGCCGCGAACCUCCAGCAGCGACACGGCCGAGUCGCUGUGGAGAAAGGCCAAGGAAAAGCUCCAUAUCUCGAAGAAGGAAUCUGGAGAUGCUGAAGUUGGUAUUGGCCCCCUCUUGUCCAACUGCGCACUGUCCUCAAUCCAUGUCGCCAGCCUCGAGUUGCGCCCUCGAGUUGCAGCUGGUGGCUGUAGUGCGAUGAUGAGUGAUCCUCGGCUUAUUCCAAAGCGGAAGGAAGGAACCGCCCCUGAUACGUCCAAGUCCGCCUACGCUCGAAGACGCGAGCAAGUCAGAAGGGCGCAACGCAAUCAUCGAGAACGGAAGGAGCAAUAUAUAAAGUCCCUUGAGCACCAGCUUCACCGGCUUCGGGAUGAAUCAUCAUCUCUCCAAUCCGAGACGCAUCAGGUAGCUGAGGAGAACACCAUCCUGAGGGAUAUCGUGCAGGAGCACGGUUUACCGCUUCCAAGUACCAGCAUCAAUCCCAGUUCAGAAGAUCGGCAACCGUACAGUAAACCCAUGGCCACUGUCUCCGUCAUCGGCAGUCGCGGGUUCGGACAACGGCUUCAGGUAUCUCUCGGUGAUUCGCCUAUGGAGCCAGUCUUCCCGGUCGGAUUCGGCAUCCCUGACAAGCCGCCGGCGGAUAAGCCGGUGCUUUCGGUCAUCAACUAUGAGAAGCGUGGUGGGCUUCCCAGCCCUAGAGAGUCAACCCAGCUCGCUUCUCCGGGUCUAUCUCAGCAGCCAAUGCCUGGAUCUGGCCAUCCAUAUGGUCUCGAUACGACCCAGGUUGGCGUGGAUUUCGUGCUGUUCAUGGAACGAUGUUGUAUAUACCAUGUACAUCAACUUCACGACGCCGAAGAGCCGAAUGGACACGCUUUCACCGCACUAGCACCUCUUCUUACCCAAGCUCCCACGGUGUUAGACGACUGCACCUCGUGGCAGAUCCCCGCAAGCGAACUCGACAGGCUACUCGAGUUGUCUUCGGCCCUCCACCUGGACGGCGAGCUCACCCCGGUUGAGAUGUGGAUGCGGAUUAAACAACAUCCACUAUUCCAUAAGCUCAACCGAGAAGGACUGCAGCAGUUGAGCCAGGCGUUGAUAGCAGGAGUACAGUGUUUUGGUUUCGGCGCAACUUUUGAAGAGCAAUUCUUUGCAAGUACUCUUGAAGAAUUCUUUGGCACUAUGGAAGAAUAAGCUUUGUUGUUUUAGCGGUUUCCUUGUGUGUUUUGCUCGGUGUUGUUUGGAUUUGUAUAUUAUUAUUUAAGAGUUAGUUUCUGUAAUUUAAAAGAGAGAGAGAGUGUGUGCUUUAAAAAGUUUGUGCUUUGGACAUACGUUUAUUUGAAUAUAGAUAAAAUUCCGCUGUCCCCCUUUAUUUAUUU